UGCGCUUUGUGAUUAGGUUGAUAUAAUUCAUGCUAGGAGUGGGUCUGCUUCUCAUGCAGUAGUGUCCUAUGGAUACUCUUACCUGCCCUGGGGUUCCCCCAUUUCGAGGACUUAACACCAGCACGAUCACGAAAUGUUUGUUUGUUUGAAUAUUACAUCCAUGUCAACAUCAAUUUCUAUUUUUCAAAAGCGACGUUGAAACUCGCACAAGAUAUAUAAAACAUCUAGUAUGCUGCAUGGGGACUCGAUCUCAAGUUCCCUCAACUGGCUGAGUGGUCAUUCAGAUUGAAAGUUGCAGAUGGUCAUUAGAGUUACCUCCCUUCAACUGCAAGCUCGCAAGCUCCUUCCUAGCGCUUGACACCUUCGUUACACUCUCGGUAACAUAGUAUAGAGAGCUCCGCGAACGGGCUAUCGCUGUGAGGAGCUUGCCAAGCUCAUGCUGUUCUGAAUGUAAACAUCAUAUUCAGGAAACUUGGAAUUACAGGUGUUGUUGAACAGGACCACCAUUAUCCUGAUGUCGCAGCAACAAGAAUUUUCUCUUUGGAAAGAGUUGCUGGAAGUGGCUUUUGAGCGUAAACACGUAAAAAAAUGGCGGGAGAUGACCGUUGACAUCCUUGUUGUGGAUUCCGGCUUCAAACCAGGACUGCUGUGGGAUUAUGGGAAACCGAAUGUUGAGGGUAUGGAACAAUUACUCAAAAAGGCAAAACAAAACUGUCUCCUUAAAAACACGCUCACUGUGGUAACCAUAGAGAUGGACAUGCUGAUUUUGAAUUUGGAUUCAUUAAAGGGAGAUCACUCUGUGUCAUGUUUGGAUGACAUGAAGGUAGUGAACGUUUCAAGUCAGCUGCAACAACCGGAAGCGAUGGACGACAAGACAGGACUGCAAACCACUUUCCAGGAAUACAAAGACAUGGCAACUGAUGGAAAAAAUAUGACUUGUUUACAAGAAAAUAUGUUUAAUCCGUCAUCCUUAUUUGGACUGCUCCUGGGUUUUCCUGUGAUUUACUGGUAUUCUAUGAAGGAGAAUGCAUCAACGAACUGUCUCUCUUGUCAACCUCUCACUGUCUACAAAGUUGUCGGCUGUUGCCAUGACAACGUGAGGGACCAUCUCAAACUGCCCUCCCAUACAGUGUACUCGUUCAGUGUGCCAGAGUGUGUUCUAAGUACUUAUUCCCAACAUAUCAGACAUUGGUUUCAGAAGCUGGUGGAGGCAGGGAGGUGGGUGAUGUGGUUUGAUGAUGUUAAACUGGAGGUGGACACAGUGACUCUGCCGAGUGUGUGUCUUUGAGGAAUAAUUAAAUCUGUAACCUU